AUGGAUGAUUUAGCAUCAAAACAAGUGCAGUUGGACAUAUGGGCAGAGUUUCAAGAAAAUCAUAAAUCAAUAGAAGAUGGAACACAGGCUGACCAUAUGUAUUUUACGGAAAAGGUAAAGGAAGAACUUCAAUCAGGAAGUUCUGUAGAAAAUGAAGAAAUUAAAAUUUUUGUCAGAGGAUAUCAAAGAAACAUAGUAAAGUUGAUGAAGAUAAUGAACAAUGUGAAAACAAAAGAUCAAUCAAGACAAUACUAUGAAAUCAACAUACAACAUUUACAAACUAAAUGGGAUGAGAUACAAAAAGAUGAGCGUGUUAUUUCAAGCAGAGCAGAAUAUCCUGAGAACUAUGGUUAUGAUGUUGAAGAAUUUGAAGACACGGAAACGGAGGUGCAAAACCUCAUAAUUACAUUAUCUGAGGAACUGGCCAAGCUGUCGGAAAAAAAUAAUCAAUCGCUUAGAGAUGUUGAGAAGAUGUAUUAUUUGAAUAGCAAUCUUAUGGGAGAACCACUGAAGUUAAUAGGACAUCUGGCAAUUUCAGAAGCAAAUUACAAAGUAGCAUGGAAGAUUCUUGAAGACAGAUAUGAUAACGCUCGGUUAUUAAUUUCAACUAUUUUAGAUAAAUUCAUUAAUCAACCGAGUCUAGUUGCCGGCUCAGCAAGGUCAUUAAAGUCCAUGUUUGACACAACGAAAGAAUGUAUCCUUCUGCUAAAAAAUGUAAAAGUUAUAAAAAGUGAUUCUUGGGAUCCUAUUCUUCUGCAUAUAUUGUAUAAAAAAUUAGAUAAAGAUACACAUACAAUAUACGAACAAACAUUAAAAUCUCCUAGACAAAUUCAGUCUUUAGAUGAAUUCAUGAAGUUUUUGGAGUUGAGAUUCCAGUCAUUUGAGGCCUUAGGAGCCAAGUCAUACGCAACAAAACAAAUUUCUAAAAAAGAUAAUAAUUCCCACUCAUUUACUGUCAUAGAUGGGGCAAAAUGUGCAAUUUGCCAUAACACAAAAACAUGUUAUUCCCGAGGUUGCAGAAAAUGUAACAAGAAACAUAACACCUUAUUACAUGAUGAUUAUAAGGUAGUUCAAAACAAACCACAAAUCAAUACAACAGUUAAUAUGGCAGAAGACAACAGCAACAAUUACGUUUUUUUGGGAACAGUGCAAGGCAUUGUGUUAGAUAAACACAAUAAAGAAAUUGAAUGUAGAAUUUUAUUAGAUUCCGGUUCUCAAAUCAAUUUCAUCAGUGAGAGAUUAAGAAAAAGAUUGCAGCUGGAACCAUCAAAUCAAGGGCUUUCAAUUUACGGUAUUGGAAAAACAGAAGUAGAAUCCAAAGGCAGAGUAAACUUGACAAUAAAUUCAAGAAUAAAUAAUUUCUCAACAAAUAUCGAGGCAAGAGUGAUUAAAGAAAUAACCAGUUUACAACCACAGAGAUUUAUAAAUAUUUCAACUUGGAAUAUACCGCAGAAAGUACAGCUGGCUGAUCCCAAUUUUAAUAAACCACAAAGGGUUGAUGUUCUAUUAGGUGCGGAAAUGUUUAGCGAACUAUUAAGGAUAGGGCAGAUAAAAUUGAACAAACAUUUGCCCAUGUUUCAAAAUACUGUAUUUGGUUGGAUUGUUAUUGGAAAAGUGCACCAAGAAGUUCCAUUUGCUGGAGUAUCUAACAGUGAAUUAGAAAACCAAUUGCAAAGAUUUUGGGAAGUAGAAGAUAUAGGCACAGAUGUAAUUAUGAAGCCAGCUGAUGUGAAAUGUGAAGAAUAUUUUAUGAAUACAUCAGAUCGAGAUCAAGAGGGUAGAUUUGUAGUGAAUCUGCCUAUUUUGGGAUCCCCAGGGGUGCUGGGGGAAUCCAAAAAUAUUGCGUUUAGAAGAUUUCUAAACCUUGAGAAGAAAUUAGGAAAGGAUGUAAGACUCAAACAACAAUAUAUUGAGUUUUUAGAAGAUUACUUGAAGUUAGGACACAUGAAAGAAGUGAAUGAAGUUGACAUUCCGCAAAUACACUACUUUAUGCCUCAUCAUGGCGUGUGGAAACCGAAUAGCAGUACUACAAAAUUAAGGGUUGUAUUUGAUGCGUCAUAUCAAAAUUUACAAAUGAUAAUGUGGCGUUCAGAUCCUAGGGACAGAAUUCACUAUUUUAAGCUAACAACAGUAACCUAUGGUACGAAGGCAGCACCAUAUCUGGCUACUAGAUGUUUGAAACAGUUAUCAGCAGAUAAGUUCAGUCAGUACCCAUUAGCAGCAAAGGCUAUCAAAGAUUUUUAUGUAGACGAUGUUAUUACGGGAUGUAAUAGUCUUACAGAAACUAUUGAAUUGAAAAAGCAGUUAAUAUCAAUGUUAAAAACAGCAAAAUUCCAUUUGCAUAAGUGGUCUUCAAAUAAUGACAAAAUAAUGGAAGAUGUUGUUGAAGAAGAUCGAGAAAAAGAAAAGGUUUUUGAAAAAGAAGAAUCCGGUUACAUUAAGACUUUAGUUCGAGACAUCUGUUUUAGAGGAUUCAAACAAAUUGACAAAACGAAAGGUGGCAUCAGAAGCAGCUCAGCUCUUUGA